AUGCUGAAGUGGACGGUUUCAAGAUCGUUGUCGACAACCAGUUCGACACCCCACGGUCCGCCCACUUUGAACAAGCCUCCCCGCCGGCCUUUCCGAGACCUGUCUAACACACCGCCGACUUCUGCUAGCUGCCGAACCAGGCAGGUAUCUACUCAGAAUGUGUCGAACACAUCCAGAACAACGCCGGCUCGUAGGAGAAGGUGUAGGAGUAGCGGAACUGACUUGAGGACGUACUUUCAGGCGACGAAGCCACAUCUGAGAUCAAAUAAACGCCAAUCUAUGUCACAAGCAACGGAGAAUUCCCCGGUGUCUGAGAGCUUCUAUCAAAGCACACCGAGAGUAGACACCGACAUCGGACCGCUCACGUAUUAUCCACCCGGUAGCAAGUGCUCCACCGCCCUGACCCUACCGACGGAUCCCGCGCUCUUCAUGAACAGUCGCGCCAAGAGCUUUCAGAGCGACAACGAGCUGCCGCAAAAUGUUGUCAACGAGGCGCGAGCGAAUCUGCAGUCGCAUGUCUCCGACUUCUUCCAGCAGAUCUCGAUGGCGACCAGCCCGGAAAACGUGAUGGAGGCGGGCUCGAUGCCACUCGGUACGAAGACCAAAGUCUAUUCCCAAAACGUCGAGCAGAAGACGCGGGUCGUGCGAACGCCGUAUUUACCAAAGCUAGCGAAGAUCACGAAGAUCCAUGCGCGAUGCCGGACGCCGUAUCACACCAAACUUGUUCAAGCAAUCAGCCCCUUCAAGUCGAAGACAUCGCAGGGACAGACGCCGCUCGUCGGAAAGCUCUCGAGUCUCACCAUAGAUCAGGACUUGCCGAAGUACGAGAACAUGGACAACACGGUUACGGAGGUGCUUCACAGAGAGCAAGAAGUCAACUUCGGAAGUAAGACCGUAGCGGAAAUUCUCCUGGGCGACGCCGAGGAGAGGAACAAGAUUCUGGAGGCGUCCUGCGAAAAACGGCCGGAAUCGAAGAUGACAGAUCAUACGUAUGAGACUAUCGCGGAGGUAGUAGAGGAAGAAUCGCCGGCGCGCAACGACAGCUCCAUAUCGUCGGUCAGUCAACUCCUGGAGGAUCCUUCACCGGUGUCCUGGGCUUUCACGUCGCCGCUGAACGACCUCGACGGCGAGUUCACGCUGAAGAGGCAACGUGGCAUUCGCCGGAAGCGUCCGCGAAAGGACGGCGACAAAGUGGUGGACGGUAAACGAGCCAAGAGGACGUGUAGCCCUUCGAUAAAGGAGAAUCAGGUCACGCUAGUCGAAGCCAUCAAUCCGAAUGUGAAGAAGCUCGCGUUAGAGACGGAUCUCGAUUCGACCUUGGACGAGAAGCACGUGCCGGCCAUGAAGCUGUCCUUCUACGGUACUGAAGAUCGUAAGGAGGACGACAUUAGCAGGAAGACCAGUUCCUGGGACCUUGACAGCCCUAAGUCGUCCAUGAUGGAUGAUCUGCAUAGCUCGAAAUCAUUCGUCACUUCUGUGUCGACAACUCCAGAGGUACCCCUGGUCGCGACUGUCAGAAGAUGUUUGAAGUUCAGUCCCGAGGGCGAGCUGCCGAUGAGAUCCAAUUGUCGCGGAUCGAUCGAAAUCGAGUGCUCCCUCGUGGCGGAGCAUAUACACGUUCGAGUGAUAAGGUGCAAGGACCUGAGGCGGGCGUACGAGGGACCGGUGCACGCGUACGUCAAGGCAAGUCUAAAGAACACCAGCGGCGAGGGAAUAGUCAAGAGGACCGCGGUUCACCGCGCUACGCCGAAUCCGGUGUUCCGCGAGACCCUGAUACUCCCCUGCCCGGCGUACAAUAGUCACUGUACCGGUCACAGGCCCACGUCUCUGGACAUCGCCGUCUGGCACCGGGAUCGUCGUGCGAGACGUAGCGAGCUGCUGGGCUGCAUGACUCUUCCUCUGCCUCUGUCCCAGGAUAAGGAAGCGACAUGGCAUCCUCUCGAAGCCGGAUCCGUCCGAAACACGAGCACCCCUUUCGCGGGUGCACCUCAAGACUGCGUCGUGUCGCCACCGUUAUCCAAGGAUGGCGAGUCAGAUAAUAACAACUCAGGGACAGACGAUCUGAUGUACCUGAGGCAUCUGGAGCUAGAACCCGUCGAUCCGCUGACAGGCCUGCCCUUGCAUCCGGGUUUCACCGCGAAAGGCGGCAGAACACCCUGCACUAUCACGAGAAGGCUGAUAAGGCAAACCUCGGUCAAUCAGGUUCCAUGGGGAUUUUCGUUGUCGUGGGGCAGACCACCGCGAGUGGAGCGCGUGGACCCGGGAAGCCCGGCGGAACGUUCCGGCUUACGGCCAGGUGAUCAUGUGGUGUUCGUGGAGACGACGAACGUCGUGACGAGACCGCGAGACGAAAUUCUGGGCCUCAUCCAGGCUGCCACGAAUCAGCUAGUGCUGGAGGUGUAUCGCAAAGGAGGUGCUCAGUCGUCCGGCGCCCACCACAGGCCUAGCUCGGUGAACGCCACUCUACAGCCCACCUCCGCCGCCGGUUCUAACGUCCAACAUUCGGUCACGUUCAACGCCGAGGUCUUUCCAAGUCUGGCACCUGACGCGCCACCCGAGGAGGAAUUAACUGUACGCGAGACCAGAUACUGGGGCGUCCUGAAGAGCGGCCACACGCGCUUCAUGGUCCCGCUGUGCGAGCGACGCGACGUCUUGUCGGCGACGGACUAUCUGAUCCUCUUCCAAAACUUGGACGACCUGCUCAAACUGUCCGAGGAGAUCAGGGACGAGGGCGGCGGGGUCGACAGCUAUCUCUGUAGAGUUCCUAAAAUCACAGCUGCCUACCGAAGAUACCUCAGUGGCCUACAACGUGCCUGCUGCCUGCUGGUCGCUCUCAGACGGAACACGGCCUUCGCCAAGCUGGUCUGCGAGCCCGCCGUGCCGCAAAAACGGCGCCCUGACCUCACCGGGGUGUUGCUUCUACCUUUAGAACACUACAGAGAGAUGACGAGAUUGUUGGGCCAAGCAUCUCCGCGAAAUUGCCAACAAACAAGGGAUUUGGCCCAAGGCUAUAGAGAAGCUACGGCUAAUGCGGGUGUCAUGGAACCGCCACGGGACACCGGAAGGCCUCUGCUAAGUUUACAGGAAGUAGAAUCUCGAUUGGUGUUCGCGAGAUGUAAGCCGUUUACCUUAGCAAUGCCAGGAAGACGAUGGCUUUUCGGCGGAGCUCUCGCUAAGGUUGAGGGUCGAGCGCGUCUGCAACCGUCCUGGGCAUUACUACUGACUGAUCUUCUAGUAUUCGCGCGGGUAUCGCGAGACCGCGUGCUUUUCGUCACUGAAGAACCCCUGCGACUGUCCAGCAUCGCCGAGGCGUGCUUCACCGUGCGAAAGAGACCGACGGAGUUUCGGCUGCAGGUCGCCGUACACCCGAACGGCAGCGUGGACGAUCACGCCGAGACGAUAAACAGCGGCGGUUGCAGCCCACACAGUCGACUCCGAAGACGCGUUCUCAUCCUUCGCGCGCCCACCGCGGAGCUCAAGGCCGUCUGGCACAAUCUUCUUCAACGGCAAAUCAUCUAUGUGAAUACAGGCUGUGGGUUGAGCUCAUCGGAUCAGGGCAGCCCCGAAGAGAGUCCGGUUCCCGGCAACAAUUUCGCCGCGACUAAAGAGUCCACGGAAUGUUCGCAGAUCGCAAGAGAACCUCGGCAAUCUAACGAAGACGAGAAGGAAUUGCAGUCCGGCGAGAGCCUGGAGUCGAUCCUGAAGAACUCGCGGGAGAACAAUCACCUGGCGCAAUGGGUGCGCAAUUCGCAUCAGAUCCCUCCACCGGACCACGAGGGCUCCUUCGAGGAAUGGACAGCCGAGGAACUGGCGGCCAGAACCCCCCGAGAGAGCAAUAGCCGGUCGACCAGCCAGGACACCGCGACGGAGGAAAUCACCACGGCGAAUUCCGACGUGGAGCAACAGAGCACCACGUCGAGCGCAAGUCUAAGUACUGUGAAGUCGAACAGCAUGACGCGGAAGAACGGUAGUCACAUGGCCACGAAGGAGAACUCCAUCAGCAUCUGCCGAAGAUGUCACAGAUCGGGUUGUCCUACGCCGCCGUUGCAAAGGGAUCCAUUUUCUCCAUUGCCACCAAAGAUUUCGGUUCUUCCACCGACCCCCGAUUUCUGUACAAGGCACAGAUUGCGAAAUGGACUGCACGAUAGUCCAGGACGUAACAGUCCUAGUUACACGCCCGCAGAUGGUAACACCGAGGACGGCAGCGAGGACGACCUUGAUUGUGAUGGCGAACCUCCUUAUAGAGCUUUGAGACGGUUUGGUACGAUGAGCAGCCUGGAUCAAGAUGACGAGCUGGAUGAACAAGGGGACGACGACAAUCGGGACACGGAGUCGCCACCGUCCGGUUUGAGAGCGUGGACUGCCCGAGCGAGCAGCUACGUCGUCAGCAAGAUGGUUUUGCUGGAGCAGCUCAGCGAAGGUGUCGGCGGUUACCUUCUUCAACCGCCGGUACCCCCGGAGCGAACCGAAUUCUCGUUGGAUCCAAAUGACGAGGAAGGUACUACGUCCGGGGCGACUUCUGGCGACGAUAUAUGGGGCACGCCAACCUCCGGCGGACCAGACGAUGAGAGCUUCACCGCCAAUUCGCCGCCGCCGAACGGCUGCAGCAGCAGCGGUGGCGCCGGUGCCAUCGGUGAGGACAAUUACGGCCUAAAUCUGUCGACGGAGGACGACGUCGACCAGGAGUCGGAGAGCGAGGACUGCUCGUUACCGGAGCUGAGCAUGGACCAGUUGCUGGGCAGCAGCGGCAGCCUGGGCUCGCUGCGCUGCUUCCUGGGCAGGAGACGGCUGGAGCCGCUGCCGGAGGAGGAGGACUCGCCCGGCAGCGGCAAGCACCAGGUCGGAUGGUGGUGA